AUGAUUACAGCUACAAAGCGCUGGCUGCGCAAAAAUCAGACCAACUUCGCCAUUGGAUUGGGUGUAGUAGGGGCUGGCUAUGUUGCAGGUCAAUAUGUUAUCUCAAAGCUUGCAGAAGCAAAGGAACGCAUGGCAAGUGGUCGUGUGGCCAAAGAAAAAUUCCAGCAAAACCAAGAGGAUUGCACCAUCACCGUUCUAGAACUCCUGCCUACGGUCACUGAAAACAUUCUUGAUGCAUUACCAUCGGAAUCAAUCACGCAGGAGCUUCAGCAGAGGAAGGCCGAGAGGCUAGGUCGGAGCGCUGGCGCUUCGGAGCUUGCCCCUUCAGAGUCAUCAGCAGCUCUCAGUACGACUGAAGAAGAUGGCAAGAGCCUUUCGAGCGAAAGUUAUGUUCACGCAAGCCAGGUUCAAUUGUGGACAGAGUUGAAGAUCAAUUCUAUCACGAGAGCCUUCACGCUCAUCUAUACGGUCACACUUCUGACACUACUCACUCGAGUUCAGUUGAAUCUGCUUGGUCGCAGGAACUACCUGUCCAGCGUUGUGUCCCAAGUGUCAAUCUCAACCAAGAGCCCAAUCAUCAGUCUCGAGAAUCGAGAGGAUGGUAAUGCAGAGAGGUCAUAUGAUAACGAUUUCGAGACAAAUCGUAAAUAUCUGACAUUCAGCUGGUGGCUCUUGCACAGAGGAUGGCGACAGUUGAUGAUGAAGGUGGAGACGGCCGUGAAAGAGGUCUUUGGCCCUCUUAAACCUACAGAAGAUGUACCUAUGGAGAAGCUUUCAAAUCUCAUCCUUGAAGUCCGAAAACAUGUAGAAGGCGCGAGUGCUGAGGACAGGAGCGCUUGCAAGUGGCUUCCAUACUUGCUUCCUCCGCGAGAUGCAGAAGUCUCUGUACUCCAAGAAUCCGGCGUUUCUACGGAUGCUCCAGCUGGAUCUAACAGUGAAGCAACUCUGGAUGUGCCAUCUAUUUCUGCUCUCCCAAAUUCAUCGAACGAAAUAUCAUCCCCACCGUUGCGACGCAUACUUGAUGAAACAGCAGACCUUAUCGAUUCGCCAUUAUUCACUCACGUACUUACUCUUCUGCUAGAUGCUGCAUUUUCGGAAUUGACGGAUCGAAAACUUCGCACUGAAGCAUACAAACUGGGACCAUUACAAACGGAUGCGGAUGUCCGUAUACAAAACAUUGCGGAGGAUGAUCCCAGUAACGCAUCCGCCAAAUUAGCUACAAUACUAGCUGUUUUGACCAGAGAAGCGCAUAAGAUUGGCAACGGUAUGCCGAAUGAAUAUGUCCAAAUCUUGGAGAGCGUGGAUGAUUUAGAAGCGUUUGCGGCGCUCAUCUACAGCUGCAAUUUUGAUCUUGUUGCAGCUUCACAGGAGAUCAUAACCCCACAGCCUGAUUCAGCUCAGGGGAUAGUAGACGAUAAUCUCUCUAGCCGUACUAAUACGCAAGCAAAUUGGGGCAUCAUGAACAAAGCUGCUGGUGCUAUCGAUGCUGCCUGGACUGGGUUCGAAAAAGCAUGGAAUCGAGUUGGUGGAUUCUGA